GGUAGGACGCUGGCUACGUGCAUCGACCACGCAGUACCAUCGUGCGUUUAACACGCAUUAUUUAUAUGACGCAGUUCAAGAUCUUGUUGGUAUGUUUCUUCUGCUAUUAACAUUUUUUUCAACGGAUUGUUGGUUUAUCAAUGAUAUAAUGUGCUACACGCGACAGUGAUAUCACACAUUCUUCAGGUUAAUUUGUUGUGUUACUUAUCGAUCAAAACAAGGUUUUUAAAUUUGCAGUGCCUCUUUUAACAUGGCUGGUAACUUUCACGCGAUGGUAACUUCUGAGAGUUUUCUAAUAGUGUUAGUAACAUUUCUAAGAACCUGUGGCCAUGUGGGAAUUAUCAAGACUAUGGGUAUUUACUUGGAAGACAUCAACCGAAGUCUUAGAACGACACCAACCGAUAUAGGAAUCGCUCUUGGUCUUCUGAGUGCAUUCAGCAGUUUUCCAGCUCCAAUAAUUGCUGCCCUCUACCAACGUCGUUCAAUCCGUCGUUUCCUCCUUGUGUCUGGGGCGUGUCUAACUCCAGUAGGAGUGGCGUUAACAUCCAUGGCAACCACCAACGCUCAAAUGGCAAUAUUUCUUUCAAUUACAGGUCUUGGACAUUGUGUCAUAAUGGUUUGUUCUAUCAUUUCAUUACAUCGUGUUGCUUCAAACAAUUACAAUCUACUCUUCAGUCUUGGAAAGACUGGAUAUGGGACUGGUAUGGUUCUAAUACCAUUUUUGGCUGAACUGUUGCGUAAAGCUUAUGGCUGGAGAGGUGGAUUGCUUAUCAUGAGUGGACUGAUGGCACAUAUUAUUCCUUGUGCUGUUGGUAUAAAGCUGGACUCUGAUGAGAAUAUCGAACGUGAUUAUCGGCAAGUUCUGAGUAGUUCCAUUGGUAGUGAUAGAGAAGAUGAAGAAGAACAAGGAGAGGAAGAAACGGGGAAAGGAAAACAUGACUGUAAUAGCUGCAUCCGUCGGGAUACAAAAGGAAACGACUAUCAGCCUGGAGCUUUGGCACGGAUCACCACCAGUAUUCGCCAGUCAGAUUUCUACUCGGACCCUCUGUUGAACGUGAUAAUCAGUCUCAACAUGACUUUCUUUGUGUUCUAUAGCGGCUGGCACUCCUUUCUCGUACCACAUACACUCCAGAGAGGAAUCUCUAUCCGAGACACCCUGAUCAUUACAUUUACAGCAGCAAUAGGGAAUACCUUCAGCAGGGUUGCUGUAGGUGUCCUCACCAACAACCGUUUCCAUCCGGUCACUAUAUUUCUCUUCGCUACAGUGGUGGACAUAGUUGCACUCCUCUGCGAUAUUUAUGUCGUCAACUACUACCUUAUCUUAGUGACGUCUUGUGUCUCUGCAAUGUCGAUAGGAGGAAGGGCAAUUUUGGGCGCGCUGAUUUUGAGGGACAGAGCGUCUCCAGAGAAAUUCCACAUCGCCUUUUCUGUCGAUAAAGUCUUUCAAGGAUUUGGGAUGUUUGCUGGUGGUUACUUUGGAGGUUGGAUUGCCGAUCACUUCUCAACCUAUGACGCUACGUUUAAAUUCCUAACUUUCAUCGACGUCUUCAUUCUCGGACUGAUAACAGUAAUCAAGAUCAAGCCGAAACCCAAUCCCACCUGACCAUUCAGAAGGGACCUAAAUAUUACCUUCCGUUCGUGGUUAUUCAAGUGCAAACGAAAACCUGACAAUACCUAUUGUACAUGCUAAAUGCUAAUUUUUGAAAAUGGUCGGAAAAUCUUUCAAAUGAGAAAAGAUGAUUCUGAUUGGAUCUGAGCUUCUGUCAUAGUAUAUGUGGAAAUAAAUUUACGAGAUGCUGCACAGACACCAUGAUUACUUUCAAGAUUUAUCUUUCUUGUUUCAGCCAACCAUGGAAGAAUAAUCAUCUGAAAACGCUAUCUACAUGAAUCUCAGAAAAGUCAUGUAAAGUGAUUGAAGUCCUAGCUAUCUGUCUCACAUAAGCGGCAUGCUCUGCGAAGUUUUGCUCCUAACUCAAGAACACCUCUAUGCGAAGAGAUUGGUGCUCCAUCUCUGCUGAAGAAUGGCUAAUUCAAUAAGACCUCUCAACCAAGCCAGGUGUACUCAAUGGUCAGUUCACUUCGGUCCUCCCAGUGAAGAUGCAUCGCAUCUACCAGACCUUGGAGAAAGCCUAUAUACUCAUCCUGCAUUCGAUAUUGGCAGAAAGAUUCUUGGAACUUCCUACGAACCUGAUCAAAUUCAGCAUGUGAUACUGAUUAACUUUCUGCAGACCCAAGUGAGCUUGCUCACUAAGGCAAGGAAGGUUCGAAUAUCCCGAAGGAUCGUAAUUCCGAAGAUUCGUUAGUCCGAAAACGAAAUAAGGUUCGCAAUUCUAAAGGUUC